UUUCUUGCUUACUUGUUGCGAUUAACAAUCGAUAAUUUUCCGAUAAGAAGAUAACGAUUUCCUUAUAAAUACGAGAGCAGAAGAGUCGGUUGGUAGUCUGAUAAAAUAGCAAACCUUAUCACACAGUUUUGUAUAAGUUGGCAAACUUCAUCUUCUCCUAUCUAUAAGUGUUCAAACAAUAAUUUUUAUGUUCUGUUCAUAUUUAAACAAGGCCAUAGAACGAUAAUUCAAUUGGUAUUCAGAAGGAAUCUGCUUGAAGAAAGAAGUAAGGAAUCGACAAAAUUAAAACUGUCGACGAGAAGAGAGCAGUAAUUCAAGAGUUGCAUCUGCCAAUCAUCAAGAAAUGGCGAUUCCAUUCGCUCUGCCUUCCGACGACGAAGCGGAAACUCAAACACAGCAGCUGGAGCAAUUGAUGCUCGAUCUAUACGCUGCUCUGCAACAGGUACUUCGAAGCAGGACAGCACAGCAUCCGUCAUCACGAAAUCAUCGGUUGCCACGACGAAGCGGUGACGACCGACAACUGGUGGUCCUGGUCGACUCUGAUCUGUCCCGAUUGCCGCUGCCUGAUCUCGUGCUGUCCGCCGUGGAACAACUUCCGCCUCCGACGCCCCAGGUGACGGUGUCCGCGCCCAGCAGCCCAACCAGGGACGCGGCGUUCCAGUUCCCAGAGUGCAGCGGGGACGAGAACGGUGCAGCACCGGUGCCAAGCCCAAGGCCACGACCGCGAAGACGCAGGCUCGCCUCGGAGGGUGGUGGCGCUACUACGAAGAAAGGGCCUGCCACCGAGCGAAUCUGCAAGAAAUGCUGCGGCCACUUGGGACAGGCCUUCAACGAGAGCCAAUGGGCGAGCGUAGGCGCCAACCUCAGGAACAUCGCCGACGACUUUCAUGCGUCACAGACCAAGGCCGCCGAGAUCGAAAAGUCUCGAUUGCCAGCGAUGAACCCGAGCUUCGCAGACUCGAACAACACGAGCGGCUCAACCGACAGCAUCCUGUCGCUGCUGAUCCCAGCCCCCCUCCGCGAGACUCUGUGGACGACAGUGGCCUUGUACCUCGGAUGGAGGCUGGUCUCCCGUCUUCGAUAGACGCGACAGAAUCGUCGUGUCGUCGAUGCCACGACGAUCGACCACGAUCCCUCGAGAACAGAUUUAAGGAUCAUCAUCACCGAAGCUUGGAACCGACGCAUCAGGGACACCCGGUUAGCCGAGCCGUCGUCGCCACUUGGUAAACCAGCGACCGGUCUUUCUUGGCCCUUUGCACGCGCGAACC